UAUUUAUUAAUUUUAUAUCAACAAAAAAAACCGGGUCCGGGUAUCUUUACAGACCGGCGGCAGUUCUAAGCUAAUUCCUAGCGAGGAUAACAUGAAACCUGUAUACAAACACACUCUUCACGAAAACCGGACAACUGAUGUUUCAUCUCAAAUCUCCUUUGCUAAAAGACGCUUCGACUAAUACCAUGGGCACGAUCAGCGGAAACGACGUGGAAGCGGGCUUCGCAAAGCUGCAAGGCGAAGAUUUCGAGUAUUACAUGCAGACAUACUCCAUAAUCUUGGGUCGAAACUCGAAGAAAUCAACGGUAGACGUCGACCUCUCUAGCUUAGGAGGCGGCAUGAACAUCUCGCGCCACCACGCGCGCAUCUUCUACGAUUUUACGCGCCGUCGCUUUGCUCUGGAAGUUCUGGGAAAGAACGGGUGCCUGGUGGAGGGAGUUCUUCAUCUUCCUGGAAACCCCCCGGUGAAAUUAGAUUCUCAAGAUUUAUUGCAAAUCGGAGAUAAAGAGUUUUACUUUCUAUUGCCUGUGAGGAGCAUUUUGGGCGGGCCCAUCGGGCUGAGGCAUUAUGCGGGGUCGGUGGCCCCGCAUUACGGUUAUGGGGCGACGGAAGCGGGGAGGAUGGUUGGGUCGGUGGGGGUUACAUCGGCGAAGAAAGGGAGAGGGAGAGAAUAUUAUGAGGAGGAGUAUGAGGAGGAUGAAGAGGGGAGUAGUGGGAAGAAGAUUAGGAAAGAAGGAGGUUUUGAGGGCUACGGUGGUGGUAGUGGUGGCAAGCCUGGAUUGGCUGGAGCUUUCGUUUCUGCAGACAAGAAGGCAGAAGGAAGGUCUAGGGUUGAUCGUGAAUCCGAUAAUCAGCAACUUCUGCAGUUGGAAGAGAAGGAUGUGGUAUCAACUGUAGCCACUGUUCUAUCUGAUCUUUGUGGCCCUGGAGACUGGAUGCCUAUGGAGAGACUUUACAAUGAGUUGGUAGAGCAAUAUAGUAAUGUCUGGCAUCACAGUCGAGUGAGGAGAUAUCUAACUGCUGAGGACUGGCCUUGUCCUGAAUCCAAAGAAAAACCAUGGUAUGGCCUGCUUACGUUGUUGAGAAAAUACCCUGAACACUUUGUGAUCAACACGAGGUCCAAAGGCCGGGUAACAUUGGAGUUUGUGUCUCUGGUCUCUCUAAUUUUGUAACAUCAAGAAGUGUCAGAGAGCAGGUUCUUUACACUGAUUACCUAAUAUGCAAGCUUUUCUGUGAAGUGGAAACAUGGCAGAUUUUGAUUUUGGUAGUGUUGUUGUGAAUUGAGAUUUAAGUGUCAGGGCCAUCUUAGCACCCCUGCAUGUGCUUCAAAACAUGUAAACGAGUGAGUUGAAUCCGUGCUUUGAUGUGUUUGAUCUAUGCCAUUUUCUUUUGAUGUGAUUUCUUUGUAAAUGGUAUGUCGGUAAUAGAAAGUACUCAAUUAGACUAA